CAGUCUGCCGAAGGCAACACACACGGUCAUACAUACGGCCACGCGCAUGCCCGCGGGAAUGCCCUUCAAAGGUGCGCGCGCCUUAUUUGAAUAUUUUAAAUUUGAAUAGAGAACAUUUUACUUUUUUUUCUUAAGAAAUUCCACCGUGACUCGUGUCUGUUGAUUGGAAAAAUUAAAAUUGGCGUGAAUUUCCAUUUGUGAUAACUUUGUGUUUUUGGCUGAAAGUUACCUAAUUUAUAGAUGUACGAAUAUGGUGCAAUUCUGCUUGCAGUGAAUUAAAAUCUUGAUACGGCAAAAUGAUUAUUCGUGGAGUGACGUAAUAAUAACAGUCACUAAUCCAAAGAUGCACAAUUGUUGACCUAAUUAAUAAAAUGGACAAAAUUAAGAUUAAGUUUAGGAUAUAGUGAAGAAAAAUGGAGAUGAAACACAUGUUUUUCAAAAAGCAUUUUUGGGUUUUUAUACUGAUUCAUAUCAUCUUGCAUACGGAAGCUAGCAAUAACACCAUGGCUGUACAACAGAGUGUGGUGGAUUCAGACGGCGAGUAUGCAUGGAGCUCGUGGGGCACUUGGAGUCCUUGCUCCAGGAGUUGUGGUGGGGGAGUAGCCAUUCAGGAGAGGGAAUGUUUACCCAGAAAAAGAUCAUCCGUAUCAAAUAUUACGGUGGGCCAGGCAGAACCAGCAGUGAGGGUGACCAGACAGACCACAGCUGAAUGUUCAGGCAUCGCCAGGAGAUAUCACGAGUGCAACACUACCCCUUGUGUCGGUGGCAUUAAGGACUUAAGGGCCGAGCAGUGUGCUUCCUACGACAGGCGACCGUUUCGUGGCAGAUUCUACUCCUGGGUCCCGUACAUUGAUGGUGAUUCCCCUUGCACCUUGAACUGUAGACCCCUUGGUCAACAGUUCUACGCAUCGCUGGCUCUUGUGGCAGAUGGCACGCCAUGCACGAGGCCUGGUUUCCGAGCCAUCUGCGUCCAAGGAGCUUGUAAGGUGGUUGGUCGGGACACAGUAUUGGCGACGACUGGUUCUCGUGACGUCCACUGCGGUCGGCGACUGGUGUCGGGUCUGUUCUCCAGACCGCGGUUGCCGCUCGGCUACUCCUAUGUGACCACAGUACCGCGCGGCGCCUGCCGGCUCAACGUCUCCGAAAUUGUGGCCAGCGAGAACUACAUCGCAUUGAAGAUAUCAAAUGGUUCAUACAUAAUGAAUGGAGAAUUUGCAAUAAGCAUCCCAGGGAAUUACGAAGCAGUCGGCACCAGGUUCAUAUAUACUCGAACAGCUGGACUUGAUAGUGUAUUUGCUCCAGGACCUUUGCAUCAACCUGUAGAUAUAAUGGUUCUUUAUACCCAGCCGAAUCCUAGCAUAACGUAUGAAUAUUUCACUGAAUCGUCUGCAGGUGAUAAAGACAUUGACAGUAUUGCAAAUGCAGGUUUGCCAGAAAAUAAACUAAAUACUAAACAUACACGGAGACAUCACAGUUUUGAUCCGUACCGACCGGGAGUUGCUGUACCUAGGUUUCAGGAUAAUGCAUCUAAAGAAACUAGCGCCGAAGAAGGAAUAGAAAAUGUUGUUGGAUCAAGAAUAUUUGCUUGGAAGAUUUUAUCAUAUACUCAAUGCACCCGUACUUGCGGUGGUGGAAUUCAGCUAGGAAAAUUUCGUUGCGUUGAAACUACAUCUGGGAUAGAUCGGGAAAUAUCCCCAAUACACUGCACAGGGCCAGCCCCGGCAGGGAGGAGACGGAGAUGCGGAUCAGCCCCGUGUCCACCUCGGUGGAGGGCGGCUGCUUGGUCCAUCUGUCCUGAAUGUGGGCCAGCCAUGAGGACCAGGAUAGUUGGGUGUGUGCAGGACCACGCGAGAGGUAUUACUAAGGUUAGCGACCAAAAAUGCACAUCACCAAGGCCUGCCACAUCAGAAUCGUGUAACAUCCCUGACUGUGAAGCUCCCAAACCUGAAAAACGAGUGAUUCAGCCCCGAGAACACACCGAUCAUUUUAGAGACGGCCCUGUGUAUACUGUGGCUGCUAACAGCAGUUAUCUGGAUAUUGGACCCGAGUAUAGUUUUAAUGCUGCUGCAGGUUGGCUGUACACGGAAUGGACCGAGUGUGUAGGCUGGCAUGUAGGUGGAGGUAUUCAAACAAGAGGUGUUCGUUGUGCGGACCCGUCAGGCUGUGCUCCGAGAAAAGCACCAGAGUCAUCUCGAUCUUGCACUCCUAAGUUUAAUGGAGAACAACAUGGUGGACAUUGGUAUACUGGUGACUGGUCGCCAUGCACGUCUUCCUGCAAAGGCAAGCAAAUACGCGGUGUCCUUUGCAUCGGUAACAACGGUCGGCAUAUGAGAGAAGCUGCCUGUAAGGAACCGAAACCUGCGCACGAGAGAGAUUGCACAGGAGACUGCUCAGCUACUUGGUACUUCAGUGAGUGGGGCCGAUGUUCAGGUAACUGUACCUCGAAUGCGGGAGUUCAAAAACGAUCAGUUGUGUGCAGCAAAGAUGAUGAGGCAGCGACCAGUGAUCGGGAAUGCUCGGGUUCGAAGCCUGGAAGCCGGCAGGAAUGCGAUCUUGAAUGUCCUUCCAAAAUAAUACCGCCAGACAUAACUAUAGAAGCUCAAAAAUCUUUCGUUUUUGAACCAAAAACAACUACUACGACCACGACAACCACGACGACUACGACUAUGAAACCAGCACAUGAGAGACAACCAAAAGACUGUGAAGAUAAACUCUACAACUGCGCUUUGGCGGUACAAGCGCGUCUCUGCCAUUACAACUAUUACAUUCAAAAUUGUUGUCACUCCUGCAGGGGUCGAUAAUUUUUAUUUAUUUCUGUAUAAUAUUAACAGGGUGAAUAUGAACCUCUUACUAUUCAGAUUUUCUCGUUAUCACUAUGUAACAGAAUCGAUAUUAUUUUAGAUAAUAGUGUUUCAAAUGAAUUGUUCAAGUAUAGCGGAAUGAAAUCUUAUAAUAUGUUACUUUGCUAUUUAAAUUCUUCCGGUUCAUAAUCACGCUGCCUUUUAUAUUUUCACCUGUAAAAUUACUCAUAUUAGAUUAUUAUAAGUAAUCGGUGGAGAUCUGCUUGAAAAAUAUAUACAUUUAUAUUGUUUUUUUUUUCUUUUUGCAUUAGUGCGGAUAUUAUACGCGUCAUUUUGAUCUUUUUUUGGGAAUUGAUAAAAAAGAUUUAUUGAUAGCAAACUGACAUAUUUUCCGGUGUGAUAAAUAAUAUUAAGUUAAAAAAUUAAAAAGUUAUUUAGCAGGUAAACAUUUAAUUGACAAAAUAAAUAAAUUUUACAUAGUAAUUGUAUUUCUUUAAAUAAGUAUUAUUGUAAAUAGCUACAUAAUAAUAUGGCUAAAAAUAAAAAUAUUACUUUCUUUAAAUAAA